AAAGAAGGAACACAAAACAAUUAAUUCUUUAAACAUUUACAAAUUCGACUACACAUAAUAUAAUUCUUUAGCCAGUGAUCGUAACCAAGGUCCAAGACGGGACCUUUAAAAACUUACAAAUUAACGGCUGGAUACUGGAAAAGUUAUGCGUAAUGAAAAAUCCAAAAAAUUACUACAAAAGUAUCAACUUGCCAAUUUACGAGCCAGAAAAUUGUAUUAAUUUAAUUAAAAAUUUUUCGCCAUAGUAUCAUAGUUUAUCUAUAUAAGGAUUAUUUAACAAGUGGGUUAGAUAAGUCUAGAAAUUUAUUAUCAUUGAUUGUUAUCACCAUAUAUACCUAUUCUUUGUAGCUGCUUCAUUUCAUUAUACAUCUGUAAGUUUUAACACUUAUUAUUUCAUUUAAUAUUAAAAUGGUAAACUGGAAGCUUAUUGGUGCUUUGGCAUUACCAAAUGUUGGUGGGUGGUUAAGUGCCCUUACAAUGGCUGGUGAAGUUCGCAGCCCUGCAGGCAAAGCAUGGUAUGACCAUUUGAAGAAACCUUCUUGGAAUCCACCAAAAUGGGUGUUUGGCCCAGCUUGGACAGUUUUAUACACAGGCAUGGGAUAUGCUUCAUACUUGGUUUAUGAAGACUGUGGGGGAUUUAAAGAUGAUGCUUUAGUACCACUCAGUCUGUUUGGUACACAGUUGUUAUUUAAUUGGACAUGGUCACCAGUGUUCUUCAAAUAUCAUAAAAUUGGAUUGGCUUUCUUACACAUUAUAGCUCUAGAUGUAGCUGCAGGUGCUUGUACAAUCAGCUUCUUCAAUGUUAACAAAAAAACCUUGUACUUUAUGGCACCAUAUCUUUGCUGGCUCACCUUUGCAUCAUGUCUGAACUACACAAUAUGGAAAUUGAAUGAGAAUGUUCCUAAAAUCCCCAAUAAAGAUAACUAAAGAUAAUGGGUCACAUAAAUAGCCAGCUGCACAGAUUUUUAUCAUUAUAUUAUAAAACUAUAAUAUAUCAUUAUAUAUUAUAGUUUUACGUAAAAGUUUACUAGAAUACCAACUAAUUUUAAGAAUAAUUUUUGUAAACACAUUUUAUAUGUACACAUUGUCUACUAUUUAGAACCAUAUUUACUCAUUGUUAUCAUAUUAUUAUGGGAAAUACAAAUUAUUUUAAUAAAAUAUUUCUUUACAU